GCCUUCACUAUGCCUGCUCGCCACUGCGCCAACCGAGACCCGUUUCUGCGCGUACUCAGCUCGCGAUGUUCCUAAUGUUCGCAGCACCCCCCGCAGUGCCCCACAACGAUCUCGGCGUCGCGGGAAUGCAUAUAAAAGUCGGCUUUGGGUCCGGGGGUUUACUCGCUACAAUCACCCUCCGCCCACACACUAACCACUCGGAUACUUUCUAUCAAUCAUGGACGACGAGAUUCAGGCAGUGGUCAUCGACAAUGGCUCUGGCAUGUGCAAAGCAGGAUUUGCUGGCGACGACGCCCCUCGUGCUGUGUUCCCUUCUAUCGUUGGUCGCCCUCGACACCAUGGUGUGAUGGUCGGCUUGUCCAACAAGGACUCAUACGUCGGCGACGAGGCGCAAGCCAAGCGCGGCGUGCUCACGCUCAAGUACCCCAUCGAGCACGGCACGGUCACGAACUGGGACGACAUGGAGAAGAUCUGGCACCACACUUACUACAACGAGCUGCGCGUCGCGCCCGAGGAGCACCCCGUCCUCCUCACCGAGGCGCCGCUCAACCCGAAGACGAACCGGGAGAAGAUGACACAGAUCAUGUUUGAGACGUUCAACGUGCCCGCGUUCCACGUCUCCAUCCAGGCCGUGCUAUCGCUCUACGCGUCCGGGCGGACGACGGGUAUCGUGCUCGACUCGGGCGACGGGGUGACGCACACGGUGCCCAUCUACGAGGGCUUCUCGCUGCCGCAUGCGAUUCAGAGAUUGGAUUUGGCGGGAAGGGACCUGACGGAGCGAUUGGUGCUGCACUUGACGGAGCGCGGGUACACCUUCACGACGUCGGCGGAGAAGGAAGUUGUGCGCGAUAUCAAGGAGAGGCUCUGCUACGUUGCGCUCGAUUUCGACCAAGAGCUCGUAACCGCGGCGCAGUCAUCGGCACUGGAGAAGAGCUACGAACUACCAGACGGUCAGAUCAUCACCGUCGGAAACGAACGCUUCCGCGCUCCUGAAGUCCUCUUCCAACCCGCAUUCGCCGGCAUGGAAUCCGGAGGCAUCGCCGACCUGGUCUACACCUCCAUCCAGCGCUGCGACCUCGACAUCCGCCGCGAGCUCUACGGCAAUAUCGUCAUGUCCGGCGGCACGACCAUGUUCCCGGGCAUCUCCGACCGCAUGCAGCGCGAGCUCUCUAAUAUGGCGCCCGCGAACAUGAAGGUCAAGAUCGUCGCGCCGCCCGAGCGCAAGUACAGCGUGUGGAUCGGCGGCUCGAUUUUGGCGUCGCUGUCGACGUUCCAGAAUAUGUGGUGCUCGAAGCAGGAGUAUGACGAGUCGGGCCCGGGGAUUGUGCAUCGCACUAGUCGCUUGCAUAGUCUAAUCAUGCCUUUCGGACACUCCUUCCCAGUCUCUCAAUUUCUCAUUUCAGCCUCUCAUUCUAUCUCGCACAAAUCGCGCCUUCGUCGAACUCGAGAACAGAUACAAACUUGA